AUGUCUUCUCCCAGUAUCCUCCCCCGACUUCUUCUACGGUCGCGCACGACCCGCUGCGCGCGCGGAUCAUCCGUUUUGCGGAGCCCCGCAUGGCGGCCGCUGUCAACCGCAACAACAGGAGCAAUCAAACAUCCCAAGGGAUUCGUGCCGCCCACCGAUGACGAGUUGCUCGAAUUGCGCGAGAGAGUCCAGGAAUUUACAAGACGGGAGAUCCCCGAGGAGGUCGCCGCGCGGACAGAUCAGCAGAAUGAAUUCCCGGCCGAGAUGUGGAGGAAGCUGGGUGAAGCAGGAUUCCUCGGCGUCACUGCGGACGAGGAAUACGGCGGUCUGGGGAUGGGUUACCAGGCGCAUUGCACUGUCUUGGAAGAGAUCAGCAGGGCGUCAGGAAGUAUCGGUCUCUCGUACGCCGCCCACUCGCAGCUCUGCGUCAACCAGCUCUCCCUGAACGCCACCCCGGAACAGAAAGCUCGAUUCCUCCCGGGCCUGAUCUCGGGCGAGAAGAUCGGCGCCCUGGCUAUGUCGGAGCAUUCCGCCGGUUCGGAUGUCGUCAGCAUGAAGACGACCGCCAAAGCCGUCGAUGGAGGGUUUCUGCUCAAUGGCACGAAGAUGUGGAUCACAAAUGGCCCUGACGCCGACUACAUCGUCGUAUACGCCAAGACUGAACCAGAGAAAGGAUCGAAAGGCAUCACGGCGUUUGUCGUCGAAAAGACCUUCAAGGGCUUCUCGUGCGCGCGGAAACUCGACAAACUCGGCAUGCGCGGCUCCAACACGGGCGAAUUGAUCUUCGAGGAUGUCUUUGUCCCCAAGGAGAAUGUGCUGGGGGAGGUGAAUCGCGGAGUCAAGGUUCUCAUGGAAGGAUUGGAUCUGGAGCGACUUGUUCUCAGUGCUGGGCCGUUGGGUAUCAUGCAAGCCGCCCUCGACCUCGUCCUGCCCUACACCCACACCCGGAAGCAAUUCGGCAUGCCCAUCGCCCACAACCAGUUCAUCCAGGGCAAGCUGGCAGACAUGUACACGAAGCUCUGCGCCGCGCGCGCCUAUACCUACUCCACGGCACGGCAGAUCGACCAGUCCAGCACGACGGGGCAAACCGUCAUCCGGACGCAGGAUUGCGCAGGCGCGAUCCUCUACGCCGCCGAGCGCGCCACCGAAUGCGCCCUCGACGCCAUCCAGCUCAUGGGCGGCAACGGAUACAUCAAUGAGAUCCCCGCCGGCAGACUCCUCCGGGACGCGAAGCUCUACGAGAUCGGCGCCGGGACGAGCGAGAUUAGGCGGAUGGUGAUUGGGCGUGCGUUCAAUAGGGAAUAUGCAUCAUGA